UUGCGUAACUUAUCGGAGGGUUUCAGAGUCUCUGUUGCAGUAUCACAAGAAAGUUCUAAGAGUGUGGACGUUUAAGCGAUUAUACGAAAUCCUUUGUGCUAAAAAUCAUAAAACAUGCCUCGACGAGGACGUGCUCCAGCUCCAAGGGCGGCUAGGCCCGCUCCUGUCGCUCGUGCUCCAGUUCCAGCACCUGCUCCUGCGACAACACCCAUGAUGGCCCAACCUCAACAACCAUCCCUCAUGGGACAAAUGGCCGCUACCGCUGGAGGUGUAGCCAUUGGUUCUGCUGUUGGUCAUACCAUCGGACAUGCUGUAACCGGGCUGUUCAGCGGAAGUUCUAACGAAGCUGUUGCACCUGCUGCAGCCCCUGCACAAGCUGCACCAGCUUCUGCACCUGCUGGCAGUGCUUGUGCAUGGGAGGUUAAACAAUUCUUGGAGUGCGCUCAGAACCAGUCAGAUCUUACGUUAUGCGAUGGUUUCAAUGAAGCUCUUCGUCAAUGCAAAGCUUCUAAUCAUUUAAUUUAAAUAUAUAUGUUUCUUAAACAGGGGUUAGCA